CGUGGGCCCGGCCAAUCGGGUGUCGUCGCGGGGCGUGGGCUCGAGGCGAUCGGUGUCCCGCUCAGUGCAGCCGCAGCAGCAGCAAGGGCAGCAGCAUCAUCAUCAGCAGCAGCAGGGACCAUGUCUGACUUCAACGAGGACCAAAUUGCCGACUUCAAGGAGGCAUUCUCCUUGUUUGACCGGACCGGCGACUUGAGGAUCGGCUACAACCAGUGUGGUGAAGUAAUCCGGGCCCUCGGUCAGAACCCCACCAAUGCGGACGUGCUGAAGCUGCUCGGAAACCCCAAGCCAGACGAAAUGAGCACAAAGACCUUGGACUUUGAGCAGUUCCUACCCAUGCUCAGCACCAUCGCCAAGUCCAAGGACCAGGGUACCUUUGAGGACUUUGUGGAGGGGCUGCGUGUGUUCGACAAGGAGGGAAACGGCACAGUGAUGGGAGCUGAGCUCCGCCACGUUCUCACCACGCUCGGAGAGAAGAUGUCCGAGGAUGAGGUGGAGCUACUCCUGGUAGGGCAGGAAGAUAACAACGGAUGCAUCAACUAUGAGGAGUUUGUCAGGCACAUCCUGAAUGGUUGAAGAUUCGAGAUGGACAGAACAUCAAAAUACACUUUUGUAUCACCAUAACCAUUUAUGACUACAUACAUUACACACAGCGUAUAUUCCUGCAUGUCUUCAUUUAACUUUAAAAAGUUAAAUUCACAAAUAGUGCACACAUUCAGACAUUCCAUAUGUACUGCACGUCUGUUUUCAAUACAUUCCUUUCACUUAAACUUUCAACGCAUAUUUCUGAAGAAAUUUUUCAUUUACUAUUAUGACUUGAGUUUUACAUCUCAAAUGGUGUAACAAUCUUGCAGAUGCAUUGACCUGUUGCUGACAGUUGAGCUUUGUAUGUACACCCUAAUAAAGGUUAAAUACUUUC